GAUUUUAAUUUAAUCAAAUAAACAUAACCGAAAAGAAUUUAAAUCCAAAUAUAUAGAUUUCCUGCUCAAUUUUCAGGAGAAACACAUCAUCAUUCAUUCUAAUUGUUUGUUUGACCAUUCCUUUAAAUAUUAUAUUCAAUGAAUCAUAUUAUUUUUCCAAAUAAAUUAGCAUUAAGAAAAUGAUUGAUACUCAAAGGAUAUAUCAUCAUCAUCAUCAUCAUCAAUGUGGUUGCGGUAUUGAAUUGCUUAAACAUGCAGCCAUUUCGAUCGAGAAAAAGAAUUUGUCAGAUCAAUCACCAAAAGAUAUUAUGAUGACAAAAAACAAUGGUGAUCGAAUUAUUGAUGGAUUAUUUUGGCUUAAAAAUGCUGCCAUAUUUAUGAUCAAUUAUGGUCGCAUUGAAUCCGAUUCGAAUGAUUGUUUAUUUCGAUCAUCAUCACAAUCAAUUGCAAGUGAAGUUGAAAUUGAUGAUCCAGAUCAUCAAAAAUUCGAUGAUUCAAUGCCUAAAUAUUAUGAUGUUUGUGUCGAAAGUAUUAACAAAGAUGAAAAGCUUUCUGUAUCAACCAAUUCAAUUCAAUCAAAUUUUGUUGAUUGUUCUCAUAAAUCAACAGUGAAUAGCCUUUAUAAUGAUCAUGCCUAUGCUAAAAGCCAUUGUUUCAAAUGUAAUCAUCGAAGAGAAAGAAAAAUUUCAUCCAAGCAAAUACGAUUUCAAACAUUGCUUAAAACUAAAUGGAAACAAAAUCAAAGACAACAAUAACAAAUAUUACGAAUAAUAGAUCAUCUUUAUUUUAUUUUAAUAAAAAAAAAUGGAAAAAAAAUUUCAAAUUUUCAACAAA